AUGGCGGGGGCCGCCGGGGCGGUCGAGAGCGCGGCGGCAGCAGCGCUACGGGCUGUGCUGCAGCGAGUGGCGCAGGCAGCAGAACGGGCUGGCAGGAACGCUGGGCAGGUUCGGGUGGUGGCAGUGAGCAAGACCAAGCCUGUGUCGCUGCUUCGGGAGGUGUACGACGCGGGGCAGAGGCACUUUGGGGAGAACUACGUGCAGGAGAUAAUUGACAAGGCGCCUCAGCUCCCAUCAGACACCAAGUGGCAUUUCAUCGGGCACCUUCAGAGCAACAAGGCCAAGAGUCUCGUGUCAGGAGUGCCGAACCUCUACACGGUGGAGACAGUCGACAGCAGCCGGAUCGCCAAUUAUCUCAACAAGGCCGUGGCAGCAGCAGGGAGGCCGCCCUUGCGUGUGCUGGUGCAGGUCAACACGAGCGGCGAGGAGAGCAAGCACGGAGUGCAUCCAUCAGCGUGUGUCGACCUUGUGCGGCACGUCACAGCUGAGUGUCCCAACCUCGCCUUCGCAGGGCUCAUGACCAUUGGCAUGCCUGACUACUCCUCCCGCCCGGAGAACUUUGAGGCGCUUGCCAGGUGUCGAGCGGAGGUGUGUGAGCAGCUAGGUCUCGCCCCAGGCGAGUUGGAGCUAUCCAUGGGCAUGUCCAACGACUUUGAGCAGGCGGUGGAAAUGGGCAGCACAAACGUGCGGGUGGGAUCCACAAUAUUUGGUGCAAGAGACUACUCCAAGUCAUGA